CAUUAUUGCACACUCAUCGUUCGCACUCAACUCCACAAGGCAAUUCGUUCAAAAAAAAAAAAACUCCACAAGGCAAUAGUAGGGGACGCCAUUAUUAACCAUUCAAUCAAGCUCUACUCCAAUCGAAUCAAAAUUUUACCGAACCACUCCAAUCUCUCUCUCCUCUCAUCUGUCAUCUUGUAGGCAAGCUACGCUAGCGUCUGAAGCGGUGGGAGGAGGGAGGCAGCGGCUACAGCGGCCGAGGUCCCCGUUCGCGCCCACCGAGGCGUCGCGCACGCGGCCACCCGCACCCAGGCGCCGUCUCGGGGGAGUGAGGCGUUGUGGCCGGGCAAUGGCGGGCGCUCCGGGUCGAUCCGUGGAUCUGUAAGGUGCGGUGAGGAGGGUGCAGGCUGGUGCGUGAUGGGAUCUGGGAGCAGCAAGCCCACCUCCUCUUCAUCCUCGUCGUCGUCCUCGGCGGCAUCGGAGGCUGGCGGCGAGGUUAAUAGGGGGAAUGGGAGCGUGAAGGGGCGGCGGGCGAGGAGCCUGCUGCCAAGCUCCUCCUGCUUCCGCGGCUCCACGACGCCGGGCGACGGCGACGCUUCCCCGCCACCGGCAGUUGAGUCUAACAAGCAAGGGGAGACUACAAACCUUCCUUCAGUUGCUCACUCUGCAAAGUCCGAUGAAGAUGCUUUCACGGUGCCUAAAUCUCGCCCAGGUGAAGGGACAUCAGCGCCUUCAUCAGAUAGCGAGAGAGACCAAGAUGAUGAUGUGCUGCAGAAUGCUGCUGCCACCAGCACAUUGGGAGCUGUGGCCAGUCAAUUGCCAAAUCCUUCUGACAGGUCAAGGCCACGUUUCGGUGCCAACUUUGGGUUGAGUAGGGCCGUCAGCUUGGGAUCAUCAGUAGCCUGCUCUAUUCUUUCAUCUGGCCUAUCUGCUUCAGCUACACCAGGUGAAAGCCAUGAAGGGGUGAACAUCUCUUCUGAUGCAAUUAUCUCCCAACAAGGUUCUGCACUGACUGCUGGGAUUGAUUCGACUCUGGAUAUGCUUAGAGAUAGUGUCACAGCACAAGCUAGAGCAGCUCGUCAGGCUAGGAGAAAUCUGCUAGAAUCUGAAGAUGCUAGCUUGAGAAACUCCUAUAGGAGGACAGGAUCCCAGGAGCCUUUCGAAGGCAGUGUUCGAUUUAGCCGAACAUUAAGCGUUGGACGGCUUCGUGACAGAGUUCUCAGGAGAACUACGUUCUCUGAUGGGCUAUUCACUCCUUCCCUUCUUUAUGAUAGGGCAGUGUGGCCAUCAGGAAAUGGUAGUGCUAGGCAGGAUUCAGCAAUAAUGCAAAGGACUAAUUCAGAUAGAAGUUCAGAAUUGCGAUCUGAUCGUUCAACCAACAGCGCGUACAAUUCUAGCUCCGAGACCCUGAGAGAGGCAAGUAAUCGGGAUCUACUGGAGCGCAGAUCAGCUUUUCUUGAAAGGAGGAGAAGGAUACGAUCCCAGGUCAGAGCUCUCCAAAGAUUGGGCAGCAGGUUUGAAAAUUUAUCUGGUCAUGAGAGGUCCUGCAUACUAUCUGGUCAGCAUAGAACUGGAAAUUGUAACUGCCGAACAAGCGGCCCACCUGGUAAUCCUGAUGAAGAAACUAGCACAAGGGCUAGCAUAUCAAGAAUUGUUAUGUUAGCAGAAGCACUUUUUGAGGUUCUGGAUGAAAUCCACCAGCAGUCUACUGCAUUAUCAUCAUCAAGACCAUCUUUUUCUUCAAUUGGAUCAGUUCCUGCUCCAAGGGAGGUUGUUGAGUGUCUUCCUGUGAAGGUUUAUAGAAAGCCAUUGAAAUAUCGAACUGAGGAGGAUGCACAAUGCUAUAUUUGCCUUGUUGAAUAUGAGGAGGGAGACUGUGUCCGUAUACUUCCAUGUAAUCAUGAAUUUCAUCUAACAUGUGUAGAUAAAUGGCUAAAAGAGAUUCACAGGGUUUGUCCACUUUGUCGUGGUGAUGUCUGUAGAUCUGAUGCAUCCAGCAUUGGGAAAGUCAGCUAAUUCUUUCUGGCUGAUUCUCUCUUGAGAAUUCAGCUUCAUCUGGAGAAAAACUGGAGCUCCUGGCAUGGUUCUUCGAUCCAAUCCCUACAAAACCUGCAAAACAUCUCUUGCAGGUGUUGUUUCAUUGUUUUUUAUCUUCUCUCAUGAUCAGAACAGCUCAGGAUGCUCCUGUAUUGUAUGGUGAAUUCGCAUCGCAGUCAUCCCUUUAUGAAACAGAUGACAUGCCAUGUGAAUUUGGGAUUCUUGUACGGUGGGGGAAGUUUGUUGAUAUUGGUUUGUUAGUUUCCGAUUUCUCUGGAUGUGAUGUCUGAACAAAUUGAGGCGAUUCAUGUCGGGUGCAGGCAUUCCGGACAA